UAUCGCAAAGUGAACGUUAACUACUACUCUGCCAGUAUUUGGUGGGAAUAUCACGUUUUUGUAGUUCCCAGGGAAUAUAUUAAAGACGGAUUUGCCGAAGCUUCAUGGGCGAACUGUUAAACAUUCGCUGUUGCUGAAAAAAUGCUGCAGAAAGCAUGAGCUGCAGACUCGAAAGAAACGGAUCCUGUAAAAACUAAAGACAACUUUGAAAAGUUUGAUUUGACUUGAUUUGAAAGACAGCACCAUGGUGAGCUUUGAAGCCCCCGUGUCCAGUUUGUCCUGCUUUGGAAAGUGCUGCAAGAUAUUGCUCUUGGUCUUCAAUAUAUUAUUUAUGAUAAGUGGAGUAGGUGCCGCUACCGUAGGGAUUUGGGCCAUAGCGGAUCCAACGAGUGUUCGUAUCGUUGUUCUUCUCAACUCUAAACUGUACGUCUUCUCCGCUUUGAUACUGAUUGGAGCAGGUAUUGCCGCAUCCUUUGUCGGUGUUAUUGGAUGCUGUGGGGUGCGAUACGAGAGCAAGUGUCUCAUUGCUUUGUAUACAGUGAGCCUUCUUGUGGUGUUCAUUGCUGAGUUUGCGGCUGGUGUUAUUUCAGUGGCGCUCUACACUCAAGCCUCAACCCUUGCCAAUAGAGAAAUGAGAGAUUCCCUGAUUUAUAAGUACGGACAGGGAAAUGAAGUAGAAGCAACAGAUGCCUGGAACUAUAUUCAACGAAAUUUUGAGUGUUGUGGUUGGACUGGUGAAACCCACGACGCAGCAAUGCUGUUUCAAGCCACUGUUUGGUUUAAAAAUACUUAUCUUAAAGUUCCUCCUUCUUGCUGUAAACGUGAUGCAGAAGGUGACCCCAUUAAUCUGAAGAGUUGUCAGAACGAGUUUAAUAAUGACAUGACUUGGGUCAACAACGUGGGCUGUCACCCUAUGGUUGUUCAGCAGGCCUACAAAUUCGCAACGAUUUUAGCUGGUGUUGGUAUAGGCAUCUCUCUGUUUCAGCUGUUUGGAAUGAUCCUGGCUUUCUGCUUGUAUCGACAGAUCUGACCAAAACCAAAUUUGAAUUAAAAAUAUAUUUAAAAAAAUUCAUCAGCAUGAAAUGUUCAACUAUGUCCCUAAUAAUAAUAAUAAUAGUAAUAAUGACAUCUUCUAUAGCACCGGUAUCCACAACAAAGUGCUCAUGGCACUUGCUCGAAUAAAAACGUUCCCCCUUGGUUGUUUUCCAGCAGUGCAAAGAUCAAGAAAAAUUCCAAUGUCUAGUGAAUGUUACUGAAAUGUUUUUGGAAAAAAAUGGGUCUUCAGGGUUGAUUUGAAAGUGUUUAUUAUCUGGAUGGCUCUGAUGGAAUGUGGUAGACCAUUCCUCACCUUCCCUGCAGCUACCUGGAAAGAAUGGGAUCCACAUGAAUUACUUCCAGCACAAUCCACAAAACGAAACUUGUCAGCAGCUGAACGUAGGUGAUCACGUGCUGGUACAUAUGGCUGGAUGAGAUCACAGAGGUUCUAUAUAUGCACCAUGUUUCAAGAAUACCCCAGGGUUUUAUCGCUUACACCCCUACUCAAGUGUUUGGCUACGAUCGAUUGGUAUUAAUCCUAACUUGCUUUUGAUGACACAGAGAUAAGAUUGGUUGACAAAUUGCGGAGUUUAAGGGUGCGGUGCGUUCAAUAAGCUUCCCUGUGUCCCCUGCUCACUCGGAUGAGCCCCUGACAAGAGCUUAUAGAAUGAUCACUCACCCUCUCGUGGUGACGUUGUGCACCUCGGGCCAUCCCCAAGUGACCCGUCCCAAAAGCAGGGCUCUUGGCUGACCUAGGUGAGCCCCUGGAAUGAGGUCAAAGCUGUUCGAAGGUACCGCUGGCAGACCAAACCCAAAGAUUGAUUGAUCAAUGAUAAGAUUGAUUACUGGAGAUAAGAUUAAUUAUAAAGCUUUAUGACCCCCCCCCC